AUGUCCUCCCUAGACGACGGAAAACAUGAUGGUCCAGAAACCAGUGUGUCCUACCCUUGGGUCGGUGCCCUCGGUCCCCCCCAAACUUCGGCAAAUAAUCACAAUCCAAUUCUUUGCUUGUACGAUCUGGGUGAUGGAAAUGAAUGCUUGGAUUUCAUCACAUGCGGGACCGCGCCCGGACAUUUCAGCGCUGUCCAUGGUGUCAAGGGCAUGGCGCGUAACGUUGAGAUCACUUGCGGUUGGCAAGAUUGUGGGUCUCUGGUGAAGCGGCACAACUUCAUGCGCCACGUCCGUGAGAUCCACUUGGGCCAUGGGCGGAGAGCAAACCAAAACUGA